CUUGACUGUGCCUCCUAUGGGCCUCAGCUUCUGUCCUCCCUAAGCGUUUUGGUUGUUGUCGAAAUGGAGUUCUUACUUGGAAAUCCUUAUAGCACACCCGUGGGCCAAUGCAUAGAGAAAGCUACAGACGGAGGCCUCCAGAAUGAGGACUGGACGCUCAACAUGGAGAUCUGUGACAUCAUAAAUGAAACGGAUGAAGGGCCAAAAGAUGCCGUGAGGGCGCUAAAAAAAAGGCUGAGUGGGAAUAGGAAUUACAGAGAGGUCAUGCUGGGGCUGACGGUUCUGGAGACAUGUGUGAAGAACUGUGGUCACAGAUUUCACGCCCAGGUUGCAAACCGAGAUUUCAUUGAUGGUGUUCUUGUCAAAAUCAUUUCCCCCAAAGCAAAUCCUCCCACGAUAGUUCAAGACAAAGUGUUGUCACUUAUCCAGUCCUGGGCCGAUGCCUUCAGAAGCAGUCCCGAUCUAACAGGGGUGGUCCACAUUUACGAAGAACUGAAGAGGAAGGGGGUGGAGUUCCCAAUGGCGGAUCUGGAUGCGCUGUCUCCCAUUCACACACCUCAGAGAGGAACACCAGAGAUAGAUCCCGCCAUGAUGAAAUACCUCGCUCCAUCUGCACCCGCUGCAACAACUCCAACACCCACCCCACCCGCUGCUGUUGCCACGCCCACCUCUGCCGUGCCCGGCCCCAUCACGGCGACCCCUGAACAGAUUGCCCGGCUUCGCAGCGAGUUGGACAUAGUGAGAGGCAACAUUAAAGUCAUGUCAGAGAUGCUGACGGAAAUGCUUCCUGGUCAGGAAAGUGCCUCAGACCGGGAACUGCUCCAGGAGCUGAACAGAACAUGCCGGGCGAUGCAGCAGAGGGUGGUGGAGCUGAUUUCUCGUGUGUCUAACGAGGAAGUGACAGAGGAGCUGCUACACGUCAAUGACGACCUCAACAACAUCUUCCUUCGAUAUGAAAGAUAUGAGAGGUACAGGAUGGGUAGAGCUGCUCAGAAUAAUGGGAUGUUAAGUGACGCUAUAGAGGACAACCUAAUAGACCUGGGCCCAGGCUCUCCGGCUGUGGUUACACCAAGGAUCACAUCCAGUCCUCCACAAAGCUUGACUGGUGGAGCCGCCGCUCCUCCAGCCCACAGUCCAGCUCCAGGCUCGCUUACCUCUGCACUGGCCAAUCUGGAUGUAUCCUCCAACAGUGUGAGUGGUACCCUGUCUUCUCUGCCGGGUCACAACAAAGAUGAUUUUGACAUGUUUGCCCAGACCAGGAGCAGCUCUCUGGCGGAACAACGUAAAAAUGUCAAAUAUGAGGACCCUCAGGCUCUGGGCGGUCUGGCCUCAGCUUUGGACAUUAGACAGCAGAACACAGUUGGGCUGAGGGUUAUGGGGGAUGAUAAUCCAGCAGAUCAGGAGCUGCCCAUAGACAGCUGGCUUAUUACCCAAGGAAUGAUCCCCGUAUCGCAGUCCUCUGUCAUGGAUGACAUAGAGGAGUGGCUCUGUGCGGAUGUGAAAGGGGAGACUACCAAGGACGGGGUGACCAGUGAAGACUUCGAUAAAUUCCUGGAGGAACGAGUCAAGACGGCAGAUUCAUUGCCAUCUCCCCCUGAAGCAAACCCAGCUCACGCCCCCAGCGGCUCGCGCAAGAAGGCCGAACGGACGGAGGAUGCCCUCUUUGCCUUGUAGACUGUUGUCAGAGAACCUCCAAGAGGAUUCUUAAAGGUCUUUGCCUGAAAGGAGUCCCCACAGCACCGCCCUUCUAGUAUCAUUCCAGCGACUGUAAGUGGUGUAGCAAGUGGUCUCUGCCUCUUUGUCGUUCUCUCGCUAAUGUAGCUGAAACCCAUACAAGGCUAAGAUGUUUACCACACCAUCAAGUCUGAUGUGUUUACUUAUAGAUGGAUGUAAUCAUUUGAUCAUGUUGGAUGUAGUACUUGCCGCCCUGCAGCUAAUGUCUAACACUCUACUGAAUGAGGGCAACUUAACCAGUCAUACCUAGUCUAAAAACGUGUUAUGUUCAAAAGAGACGGAGCGUGAAGGUAAAAUGCAGGUUCAUGCAUUAAGUUAUUGUAGAUCACACUUUGAAUAAUUGUUUUUUUUACUACUUUUAGCCACUUGCUUAUUUAUGCAUUUCAUGUUUUAAAGGUUUGAUCUAAACUGUUGACCCAUAACUUUUUUUAAAUAUAAAUCUUAAAAGGCUUUUUAUUGAUCUGUCUUUAACAACAAAGUUUUCCUAAAGCACUAUAAGGGAAAGACUUGUGUUAACAUGUUGAAUUUAGUUUAGCAGAAUAUUAUGGGGAAUUGCAUCCUACCUAAAACUGUUAAGAAAUCUCCAUUAUUCCUAAAUCAAAGGGAAUUUUUAAAAUUAAAGAUCAUCUAAACAUCUAAAGAGAAGACAUUUUCCCAUGAAAGAUUUCCUGUUUUUUAUUUUUAUUUUUAUUUAAUUCAGGUGUCUGAAAAGACCCAAAAAGCCAAUGGAGUAUAAACUUUGAAAGCUGCAAACACUUGUAGCCCCAUUCCAAAGAAAAUAAAGGCUUUAAAGACCAACUUUGACUUAAUUCAACUUGUCAAAUGUAUUUUGACAAGUUUGUUUGUGGAAAAAUGCAGGAAAAACAGAUUAAAAAUAAUAAUUAUUUUUUUAAAAGAUAUAUCGUUAAUUUGCACAAAACUUAUAUCUGCAACACUUGCAUAAAAGUGGAAACCUGCCAAACAUCCCACUUUCAAAUUCACUCAAGGAUAUUAAAACAGUUUCAAUUAAAAUACAAAACCAAAAAAAGCAUCUCCAUAUGAUCAAUAUAAAAAGCACCUGCAUCAGAAUCCAGUAAAAGGGCAAAACAGAUGUCUCACUAUAUUAGUUUUGCACAAAACCUGUUUCCAUACUUAAGUCCGUACCUGCUUAGUGCUGCAAGAAUACCUCGUAAUGUUGGACUUUUAGCUUCUGAAUGUAGUCAAGAACAUAUUAAAGCUAAUUUCUGAAAACAUUACAAGGUUAAUUUAUAUUUAAUACCACAGCCAAAACAUUUUGUUUUAUCCAUUUACUUUUAUUUUCUUGUAUUCAUAUGCUCUUUUAAACUGCUGCCAAGCAUCUGACAUUUAUAGAUUUUUUGCAAACAUGCUUUGACUUUUAUCUUUUUGGCGUAUGCAAAAAAACAACACACACACAAAAAUUUGAAUUUUAUCUUCUUUCCAUUUUCCAUUACGUCCCACUUGUGUCCAUUUAUUAUGAGAAGCCAUGCGUAUAAAAAGCAGUUAAAACGCCACGUUUAUCAGUAUUUUAUUAUGCAAUUGCCCAAGUGGAGAGAAACAUUUAUGAUUUAUAAUUCUAAAUACGGUAGAAAUAUUGGAAUUUUAUUUAGGCAACCAAUUUUGAUUUAUGUUUCUCAUUUCAUACUAUAUGGUUACAUGCAUUUACCAUGUCUACCUGGUGAUUUUUGUAGCUUUUUAAACAACAUGCACCAUCCAAGCUGACAGUGAAAGGCACUAAAAAUUUAACAAGGUAUUCUUUUGAGUGUUGUUUGAGUGGAUAACAGUGUAUUUUUUGAAACAUUGUUUCUCGAAAGUACAAAAAUGAAUUCCUUAAUGUUUUGUCAAAAAAGAGGUUGCUGCUUUUUUUCUUCUUUUUUUUUUUUAAAUGUCAUUAUGCAGGAUGUCAACAAGUCAAAGAUGGGGAGGGGGGACCUCAGGCCUGUUUUCUGUCUUUGGAUAUUCCAUGCAUAAUGUCUGCUGUCAGUAAUGAUGGUCAGAUUUGGGUUGGCCUUAUGCACACAUGUAACUGCCCAAUAAAACACUAGCAGUGUGUGACCUCUACCUCA